AUGCUCGUUUCUUUGGAAUUGCUCACAACCUUCCUGGCGUGUUUUUCCACCGGAUAUUCUCUUCAGAUUGCGCCGGACACGCCUCUAUCCGAAUUGCUUUCUUCUGCAAAAGCCCACCUUGCACAAGGUUCGCCUCGAGACGCCGUAGCAUACUUCGACGCCGCAGUCUCGCGGGACCCUUCCAACUACAUCACACUCUUCCAACGUGGAGCAGCAUAUCUAUCAAUUGGAAAGAACUCUCAGGCAUCGAGCGACUUUGAUCGGGUUCUGGAGCUCAAGCCUGACUUCGAGGGCGCUCUCCUACAACGAUCCCGCCUCAAGGCACGAUCCGCGCACUGGGCAGAAGCUCUGCAGGACCUCGAACGGGCCGGAAAGAAAUCAUCCACCGAUUACGAGGAGUUGGAAGCUGCACGUAAUGCGGCAACGUUGGCUCUCAGUGCCGAAAAGCAAGGCGCCUGGGAGAGCUGCAUCUCUGAGGCAAAUGUGGCCAUUCUAAAGGCAAACACAGCAUUAUCUUUACGGCAGGCGCGAGCCCAUUGCCAUUUUGAACGAGGCGAGAUAGAAGAAGGUAUCAGCGACCUGGCGCAUGUAUUGCAAAUCUCACCUAGCUUGAUCGACUCUCACUUGCAGAUGUCAUCGAUGCUAUUCUACUCUUUAGGGGACAGUGACCGUGGCCUCGCUCAGAUCCGCAAAUGUCUUCAUGCUGAUCCCGACUCGAAGGCCUGCAAUCGCCUCUAUAAACGUGAACGGAAGCUUGUCAAGCGGUUGGAGAAAUUGCAUACCGUCCUGGAGGCGCGCAAGUUCAGUAAUGCAGUCAACCUCAUGGUCGGGGAUGCCGAAUCCAGUGGAUUGAUUACAGACACCAAGACAGACGUUGAGGAGGCAAAGGAGGCUGGCCAUAUUCACCGUCUGGCGCCCAACAAUCUUUAUGUGUUCCUCGUCGAGAAAACCUGCGAGGCUUACCGUGAGAUGCGAAUGCUUAAAAAGGCUGGCCCUUAUUGUUCAGAAUCUCUAGAACUUGUUCCUCACUCACUCCACGGUCUCCUGUAUAAGGCCCAGACCGCGUUAGACGAAGACCGGUUUGAAGAUGCUAUACGCAUACUUGACUCGGCUAAGGAACACCAUCCCAGCUCUCAGGAGGUUCAAUCUCUCCAUCAGAAGGCUCACACCCUCCUGAAGCGCUCGAAGCAAAAGGAUUAUUACAAGGUCCUGGGUGUCAGUCGGGAUGCGGACGACCGAACAAUCAAGCGAGCCUAUCGCAAACUCACUAAGCAACACCACCCAGACAAGGCCCACGCCCAGGGCGUGAGUAAGGAAGAAGCAGAGAAGAAGAUGGCAUCCAUCAACGAAGCUUAUGAGGUUCUAUCUGAUUCAGAACUCCGGACAAGAUUCGACAACGGUGACGACCCCAAUGACCCUGAAUCGCAGCGUGGAAAUCCGUUCCAGGGACAAGGCCAUCCAUUCGGUCACGGUGGUGGUCAACAAUUCUUCUUCCAACAAGGUGGACCGCAAUUCAAAUUUGGCGGUCAAGGAUUCAACUUCCCGGGCGGAUUCCGCUAG